AUGAGCAAAAAUGAUAUGAAUGCUAAGUUGGUUGAACUUAAAGGAGAACUCGCCAACCUUAGAACCGCUAAAGUUACUGGUGGAGCUCCAGCUAAAAUCUCAAGAUUAAGAGUUGUUAAGAAAGAUAUUGCUAGAUUAUUAACUGUCAUGAACACCCAAAGAAUGGAAGCUCUUAGAAAGUAUUACAAACAAGCCAAAUAUGUUCCAAAAGAAAUUAGACCAAAGACCACUAGAAAGGAAAGAAGACAAUUAACCAAAGCACAACUCAACCUUAAAACUGUUAAAGCUGCUAAAAAGGCACAACACUUCCCAGCUAGAAAAUUCUUUGUUCUCGCCUAA